UUCGCUAUUUAUAUCUAGCGCGACCGAGGAUUGAUGGGCUCUCGUUUGAUGGAAUGACUAAAACAUUUUGCGAGAUUUCUUUCGAAUCGAUUCACGUUUUUUCCCACCAACAACGCACACCCAGAUCCUGAUUCGUGGGGAAGAGGAAGUCCGGAUGGAGAAGCGAACCCAGAUCGCCAUUCUUGGAGCUGGCAUCUUCGUGAGGACUCAGUACCUUCCGAGGCUCGCCGAGGUCUCUCAGCUCGUUCUUGUCAAGUCCAUAUGGAGCCGAACGCAGGAAUCGGCAACAGGUGCAGUCGAGAUUGCACGGAAGCAUUUUCCCGAAGUGGAGUGUAAGUGGGGUGAUGAGGGUCUUGAUGAGAUCAUCCGAGAUGAUUCAAUACCGGCUGUUGCUGUUGUUUUGGCUGGACAAGCUCAGGUUGACAUGUCGCUUAGGCUGCUGAAGGCGGGAAAGCAUGUAUUGCAAGAAAAACCUGCGGCUGCUUCGACGACCGAGAUAGAAAUGGCACUAUCAAGCUAUAGAGCUCUUUGUGCUAGUUCACCCAACAAGCCUAUUUGGGCAGUAGCGGAGAACUACAGAUUUGAACCUGCUUUCGUUGAGUGUAAAAAACUAUUGCCUGAUAUUGGCGAGAUGAUGAAUGUCCAAGUCAUAGUUGAAGGAUCGAUGAACAGUUCUAAUCCCUACUUUUCGAGUUCUUGGAGGCGCAAUUUUGCGGGUGGCUUUAUGCUCGAUAUGGGAGUACACUUCAUUGCAGGUUUAAGAAUGCUUGUUGGAUGUGAGAUAACCUCAGUUUCUGCUACAACUACUCAUGUGGAUUUGACUUUGCCGCCUCCAGAUAUUUUAUCAUCUUCCUUUCAAUUGGAUAAUGGCUGUUCUGGAGUUUUUGUGAUGAUCGUAUCUUCAAAAUCACCCAAGAUAUUCUGGCGAGUUGUAGGCUUGAAGGGGACGCUGCAGCUUGAACGUGGAAGCCAGGAUGGUCGACAUGGUUACCUGGCUACCUUGUAUGGUGCCGAUGGUCGAAGCAAAAGCACCUUCUAUUCUUUCAAUGGAGUGACCGAAGAAUUAAAAGCUUUUAUAAAUGACAUAUCAAAUAUGACACUUAAGAAGGAGAGCGGAUAUGAAGCUGAGCCGCGGUGCUCUUAUCUUGAAGGAGCCAGGGACGUUGCUGUUCUCGAGGCAAUGCUCGAGUCUGGACAUAAAUGUGGAGAAGUAGUUUCGGUGAGAAAAUUUUAGUGUGAAACUAGAACAUUCCGGUUAUGGACGAGAUUGUAAACAGCUUAUUGAUUGUUGCUUCUCCGUUUCCAUACGGCGAACUAGAACGAUGGAUGAUUAAAGGCAAGAUACCUUCGUAUCAACUGUUAUUGAAGACAACCUAUUUGUGAGCAGAUUUGGUGGAGGUAGUAAAUUAGCAGUUUGGAGUA